AUUCCCAGGCUCUUUCUUCCCCAACCCGAUACUCCGAUAGCGAUCUUCUCCUCACCGGACUCGAAUCUCCGGCAAAAAGCUCCGUCGCGAUGUCGUCAAUUUACGUGCUAGAACCACCGACGAGGGGCAAGGUGGUGCUGCAAACGACCCACGGCCCUCUCGACAUCGAGCUCUGGCCCAAAGAAGCCCCCAAGGCCACCCGGAACUUCGUCCAGCUCUGCCUCGAAGGCUACUACGACAACACCAUCUUCCACCGCAUCAUCAAAGGCUUCCUCGUCCAGGGCGGCGACCCCACCGGCACCGGUGAAGGUGGCGAGAGUAUCUACGGCGGUCUGUUCGCCGACGAGUUUCACUCUCGGCUUAGAUUCAAGCACAGAGGCUUAGUUGCUUGCGCCAAUGCCAAUAAGCCUAAUUCGAAUGGGAGUCAGUUCUUCAUGAACUUGGACCGGUGUGAUUGGCUUGACAAGAAGCACACGAUUUUCGGAAAGGUGACUGGGGAUUCGAUAUACAAUUUGGUGAGGUUGAGUGAGAUCGAAACCGAUAAGGAGGACCGGCCACUGGACCCACCGCCGAGGAUAUUAUCAGUAGAGGUACUGUGGAAUCCAUUUGAUGAUAUUGUCCCGAGGGCGCCUUCACGUUCGUUGGUCCAACCGGCAGAUGAUGCUGACAACAAGGAGCCGAAGAAGAAAGCUGUAAAAAAGCUGAACUUGCUGUCCUUUGGAGAAGAAGCUGAAGAGGAGGAGAGAGAAUUGGCAGCUCUAAAGACAAAAAUAAAGAGCAGUCAUGAUGUUUUGGAUGAUCCUCGUCUUUUGAAGGAAGAAGUUCCAAUAAGCGAAGUGGAUCCCAAGACAAGGCAGGUCCAGUUAUCUGUCAGGGAAGCUCUACAAUCAAAGAAAGAAGACCCCUUGAAAAAUUCCGAAUCACAAUUUUAUAACUCUCUUAGUUACAGUGAUAAUGAUGACGAUGAUGAUAAUGAAUCCAACUUUGAUGCACGAAUGCGUCAUCAAAUACUCAGGAAACGGAAGGAAUUGGGUGAUCACCCACCAAAGCCAAAGUUGCUAAAUGGGAGCUCUAACUUGAAGCAGCGAGAAGUAGCUGCAACAAGGUCGAAGGCUGAAAGUGAUGAUGACCAACCAAAAGUAGAGAAGCUGUCCUUGAAGAAAAAAGGGAUUGGAUCUGAGGCCAAAGCCAACCGCAUAGCCAAUGCUGAUGCAGACUUACAGCUGUUGAAUGAGGCUGAAAGAGGGAGACAGUUGCAGAAACAGAAGAAGCGUAGGAACCAAGGACGAGAAGAAGAGACAAUAGCCAGACUCGAGAAGUUUAAGAAGACCCUGAUUGUGAAGGCCACAGCCCCAGAAAAUGAAUCUGGAGGUGGCGAUGGUGAAGAUUUAUCUGAUUGGCAAAAAUCUCAGUUAAAAUUUGCUCCUGAAACUGGAAAGAUGACUCGCACUGAGGACGUAAAUGAUUAUGUUGUGCAUGACCCUCUUUUGGAGAAGGGGAAAGAAAAGUUCAACCGGAUGCAAGCAAAGCAAAAACGAAGAGAGCGAGACUGGGCUGGGAAAUCUCUCACUUGACCUCCCUCUGCCAUACUCGGUUUGUAGAAAUAUAUCUGAAAGUUUAUGGAAUCAUGAGAGUUGCAUGCCGAUUUCCUUAGUAUGUCAUGUGCCUGCUGAAAUUGUGCUCAGUUAGCCACACUUUUAGUUCCAUGAAACAAGUGGAAUUGAGGCGCAUUGUUCGUCAGCAGUUUCACCACUCUCAUAUUGCACAGGCUCAUCAUUUCACCAGCUGUAUUGACGAAGAAUGUGGCUUGUGCUCCUUCCAACCUUCUCUGACUGACUGACUAGUCUCUUCUGCAGAAUAUUAGAAUAGACAAUCUUGAUGCGUAGUUUUACUUGAAGCAAAGUCCAGUUCUUCUUCUAUGUGGUCUAUUUGUUUGGAAAUUAACUGCAGUGCAGGGUUUUACCGUUUCAACUUUCAAAGCUUCUGGACAUAACGUGUAGACUUGGUUAGUCCAGGUGGGUUUGUAAUGGAGCUCGACCGACCGCACUUUGUUGCCUCGGCGGCAUGGAAAAUCCAAUGUAUCCAGCAACCAGCACUUUGGGCAAGUUCCAUGCCUGCUUCCAUUGACCAUGUCCAAUAUUGCCUCAACCAAACUGCUUUCUUUCUCAAAACUUGCCUUUUUCGUUUUGUUAUGCUCGUUCCAAAUACCAGGCAAAUGGUAGUGCUAGCUGUUGAUUUUCCGCGUAUUUGAUUUGAUUAUCGACUUAUGAAAUU